AUGUGUCUCCUUGGCUUUGGAGCUCGCGAACUGCACCAAAAGGGAGACAGCAGCGCUUACAAGAAAGUGGAUGCUGUUGAUUGUUCAUCACUGGCCACGCAAAAUAGGGUCCUGCUACAGCUCUUGCCAGCAAGGGAGCCUUCGGUUACUGCUGGUGGUGCUGCUACUGAUGCUGCUUCUACUAACGCUGCUGCUACCGCCGCACUUGCUGCAGCUGAGGUUGCUGCAGAGAAGAGCUCCAGCUGCCGCUUGUUUGCUGCCUGUGCUGAUGCUAGCUGCGCUGCUGUUGCUUCUGCCGUCGGUGCGGGGCUGCAGCAGCAACUGCAGCGCGAUCAUCAGCAGCAGCAGCAGCAACAGCAGCAGCAGCAGCGGCUACAGCAGCCGCUGCAGCAAGUUGUAAACAAAAGCAAUUACUCUGGCGCAUGGAAACCAUACAAGCAGCAACAGCAACAGCAGCAGCAGCGACAGCAGCAGCAGCAGCAACAGCAACGGCAACAGCGGCGGAGGAAAAUGGAGGCUGAGGAAGCGGCGGGCACAGAGUUGCAGCAAGAAGAGCAGCACGAGAAGCAACAACACGAGGAAAACAGUAAGCAGCUUGAAGAGCCGCAACCACAGCAGCAGGAAGAGCAGCAGAGCCAAGAUGAGCAGCAACAACAGCACGAGCAGCAGCAGCAGGGGCGGCAAGAGCAGGAGCAGCAGAUUCAGCAGCAGGAAGAAGAAGAGGCCAAACAGCUGAAAGAGCAGCAUGAGCCAGAAGGAGAGUCCCAGCCACAACGGGGGAUGCAAAACGCGCUGCAGCAGCAGCAGCAGCAGGAACCUACCGAACUGCAGCAGCAGCAGCAGCCCCAGCAGCAGGAACGGGAGGAACACUUGCAGCAGCUGGACGACCAGGAGCAUCAGCUGCAGCAGCAGGAAGACAAGGAGCAGGACAAGCCUAAGGAACAGCUGGUGCAGCAGCACGAGGAAGAGCAGCCGGAGCAGCAUGAGCAGCAGCAGCACGCGCAACAGCUGCACCAGGAAGAGCAGGAUGAAAAGCAGCCUCAAGAACAUCAUUUAGAUGGGCUUCAUGAGCAGCAAUCGCAACACGAGCAGCAAGCGCAGCAACAGCAGCCAGAGCAGCACGGGCAGCAAGAGGAGCAGCAGCAGCGCGAGCAGCAGGAGGGUCAGAUGCAACAAGAGUCGCAAGAACAGCAGCACAGCACGGAUGAAGAGCCAGAGAAGCAGCACAUCUCGGAUCGGCAGCAGGAAGGAGAGCAAGCGGGGCAGCAGGAAGAACGGCAGCAAACCCCUAAGCGGCUGCAGCACCAGGACGAACAGCAGCAGCAGCAGCAUCAACAUCAAAAUGACGAGGUAGUCGAGCUUCAGCAACAGCAGCAACUGCACGAAAAGAGCGAGGAGCAGCGAGAGCAGCAGAAACCACAUAUUGAAGUGCAGCAAGAAGGCCCGCUGCAGCGAGAACAGCAGCAGCAGGAUAAACUGCAACACGAAGCUGAAUAUCAGCCAGCAGGCGAAGGAGAAGACGACGGCCUACGCCGGGACCAGGAGCAGCAGCAGCAGCAGAAACAGCAGCAACAUACGCAGAAACAGCAGAAACACAAAGAGUACCAACAGAACGAACAGCAGCAGCAGCAGAACGAGCACCAGCAAAGCGAGCUGCAGCAACAGCCACAACAGCAGGAUGAGCACGGGCAGCGUAAGAAGCAGCAUCAGAAGCAACAGAAGCAGCAUGGGAGAAAGCAGCAGCUGCAGGAUGUGCAGCAGCAGCAGCAGCGGGGUCAGCAGGAGAAUAAACAGGGGCUGAAAAGCAAGGAAGAGCCACGCAUAAAGGAGGAGGAGGAGGAGCAGCAGGAACAGCAAACAGCGACUGAAGAAGCAACAGUAGCACUUGCUGAAGCUGAAAUGCGGUUGGCUUCCUCUUUGCCGCCGCAGCAGCAGCAGCAGCAGGAACAGCUGCAGCAGCAGCAGCAGCAACCAGAAUCAGAGUCUCUAGGAAAGAAGAGACUGAGCGAAGAUUACAGCUUCCUGAUGUUUGGGUCUCGCGUCUCCCUGGAGGACUUAGAGGAGUUUUCAAUGAAGGGAGAAACCUUGAGGCCGCAGCAGCAGCAGCAGCAGCAGCAGCAGCAGCAGCAGCAACGAGACACCAGCAGCUACUGGAUGGACCCUCUAAAGGAGCGAAGGCAGAAAAUGGCAGCACGAAAAGCAUUAGAGGAAGCAGACGGAGAGCUAGGGUUUGCACUGAAGCAAAUCAAGUGGAAGCAUCGAUGUGUUCAGCACGAAGUACAACUGCUAAGCCCAGAAGAAACCCGCACCUUGAGGCAGCAUCAUACUCCGAGUGCUCGCCGAGCAGCUAACCGCCAGCCUGCCUACCGCAGCCGAGGACUGUCCCCUCCUGCAGCAAGCCAAAAGCAGACAGAGAGGGGCAAGAAAACUGAAACCCCAGAUGCCGUAGCAGCUCUUCGGCGCCUCAUGUUGGAGCUCCGAAAGCGAGUGGCGGAGAUGCCGGGCGACUUUGGGGACCGCCAAGGAGGUGCCGAUGUGUCUCUGUCUUUAGAGCGUUGGAGUGGGAGGAGAGGUAUAUCCUUUAACAGCAGCAACAGCUUUAGCAGCAGCAGACAGCCAUCAUUAGGGCCCCCUGGGCAGGGCCCACAGGACAGCAGCAGCAGCAACAACAACAACAACAACAGCAACAACAACACGGGUGCAUGCAGCGAAGGUGAAGAACAGUCGGUACUGAACUUGGGCGGCGAGGACGAGGCAACGUUUGCUGUUGCUGCUGCAGCAGCAGCAGCAAACCCCGGAGACCUCAGACACCCCGGGGCCCUUCCGGGCUUCAUACACUGGCUAGCUAGGCUAGAAGUACUUGAAGCGCUUCGCUGCAUUUUUAGAGACGAUGUCUCCUUUUCUGUUAACAGCAGCACUAAGAUUGAAGCCAUGCUGGUGCUCAAGGGUUUAGCAAAGGCCCUAGACUGUCUCCCUGAGGUCCCUGCUGCUGUAGCGGGUGAAGAAGCAGCUGAACGUACACUGCACGCAUCUGCAACAGGCUAA